UAGCAAAGUCCAAGUUUUCCUGUUAGUAAUCUGUAUUCUGUAAUCUGUGGUCCAAGUUAUAGAAUUAUUUUAUGAUAUAGUGCUCCUCUUUGUAAAAGAACUUUUGCAAAUUUAAAUACAAACAAACUUUAUUUUAAUUAUUUUACCAAACCAAAUUAAUCAAAUGUCCCGAGUACUUGUAGGAGUGAAAAGAGUAAUUGAUUAUGCCGUUAAGAUUAGAGUAAAACCAGACAAAACUGGCGUUGUAACAGAUGGAAUCAAGCAUUCUAUGAAUCCGUUCGACGAAAUAGCUGUAGAAGAAGCUGUUCGAUUAAAAGAGAAAAAGUUAGCAUCUGAAAUCAUUGCUGUAUCAUGUGGGCCCCCGCAAGCUCAAGAGGUAAUACGUACGGCUCUUGCUAUGGGAGUCGACAAAGGAAUUCAUGUGGAAGUUGCAGGUGCCGAAUAUGAAACAUUACAGCCUAUACACAUAUCCAAAAUCUUGGCGAAAAUUGCGCAGGAUGAAAAAGCAGACAUAAUUAUUGUCGGAAAGCAGGCUAUCGAUGAUGAUUGCAAUCAAACUGCACAGAUGACAGCUGCUGUAUUAGAUUGGCCGCAGGCAACUUUUGCUUCAAAAAUAGAAAAAGGGGACAAAGAUAUAACUGUAACUAGAGAAGUAGAUGGAGGGCUGGAAACUAUAAAAUGCAAAUUACCUGCCGUUAUUAGUGCAGAUUUACGUUUGAAUGAACCUCGUUAUGCUACUCUUCCAAAUAUUAUGAAAGCUAAGAAGAAACCGAUUAAAAAAGUUACACCAAAAGAUUUGGGAGUAGAUGUAACGCCAAGAAUCCAAGUUUUGAGCGUGGAAGAUCCACCAACUCGGCAGGCUGGUGUUAUUCUACCCGAUGUUGAUGCGCUCGUUACCAAACUGAAAGAAGGAGGUCAUGUAUAAAGUAUGCGAUCCUCAUAAAACGAAGGAAAAUAGUUAACAAGUUUUAAUAUAUUAAGUAAAAGAAGCUUUUGAAGUGAAUAUAUUUUAUAUAAUUGAAAAACUUGAUUGUUGAUAUUUUUGUACUGUGAAUUUAUCUUUGUUAAUAUAUCAUGUUUGAGACUA